AAGAACCACAAUCAUGGAUCCCAAGACAAGAAAGCUUGGGGGGUCUCUGAAAGUUCCUUUUGUCCAAGAGUUGGCUAAGGAAAAUCCCUCUUCUGUUCCAACUCGUUACAUACACCCCGACAAAGACCAAUAUCCAACCAUCUCUAACGGUGGUUCUUUCCACCAAAUACCAGUUAUGGAUAUGCAAAGCUUGUUUAGUUCUGCUGAGGAGGCAAGUGAUUUGGAGCUUCAGAAGCUGCAUUCUGCUUGCAAGGAGUGCGGUUUUUUCCAGACGCUAUUACUUAUGAGAAUAACUGUCAGUAGCUCAUUAAUCAUGGAGUUAGCUCUUCAUUGGUGGAGAAAUUGAAAUCAGAAGUUCAAGAUUUUUUCAAUCUGCCGAUGGCUGAAAAGAACAAAUAUGGUCAAGAACCAGGAGAUGUAGAAGGAUAUGGGCAGGCCUUUGUCAAAUCAGAGGAGCAAAAGCUUGACUGGGCUGACAUGUUAUACAUGAUAACUCAACCAGAAGAUUUGAAAAGACCUCAUUUGUUCCCUAAGCUGCCUCUUUCUCUAAGGUAUAUUUGACCAACCAUGUACAACACACACAAAACGGGGAAUUUAAAUCAAGUGUUCUAUCUUUAGUCUUGUAAUUCUUUAACCAUGCAGUUUUAGGAUAAAAACUGUUUUUGACAUGAACUAACAUACGUAGUAUGCUAAAAUUUUAGCCAAACUGUACUACUAGUUACUGAACUUUCUUGAAUGAAAAACAAAAAGUGGAUGGCCGAAAAGAGACAUUCAUGAAAAUUUAAUGGCCACUGAUGCACUUUG